GUCAAAGAAGCAUUCCGAAGAGAUGGAGAAGCAGGAGAGCCAACACUCAUCAUUAGAUGAAAAUCCAAAGCCAUGGCAGUCUUAUCACACUGUUUACACCAACGCUAAAGCAGGUAUGGAUGGAGUGGACAAGGAGAAAGUGCAAAGAGUUGUGUAUGAGAUGAGCAAGGGAUCCAAGUAUUAUGAGAAUGAGGAACGCAAGGAAGCCUUUAUAAGGCAGAAGAUAGAACACAUGCGUGCUCGUUGUGCCAAGCUUACACCACAUGAUAUUUCACACCAUCAGAAGGUUGCAGAUAAAAGAGUUGCAGAGCUAGAAGCUACACGUGACCUGUCUAGAACUUGGCUACAUGUAGAUAUGGAUGCUUUCUAUGCAGCUGUAGAGACAUUGAGCAAUCCCUCUUUAAAGGGCAAGCCAAUGGCUGUUGGCGGAAUGUCAAUGAUAUCCACUGCUAACUAUGAGGGCCGAAGGUUCGGGGUUCGUGCUGCAAUGCCUGGCUUCAUUGCACGUAAAUUGUGUCCAGAGUUAAUUUUUGUUCCCACAGAUUUUAAGAAGUACACAUAUUACAGUGAUUUAACCAGAAAAGUUUUCCACAACUAUGAUCCUAACUUCAUGGUGACUAGUUUGGAUGAAGCAUAUCUUGACAUAACAGAGGUUUGCCGAGAAAGGGGCAUUAGCAGUGCAGAAAUUGCCGAAGAACUCAGAGCCAGAGUUUACAAAGAGACUGGUUUGACCUGCAGUGCAGGAGUAGCACCAAACCGCCUACUUGCUAAGGUUUGUUCAGAUAUCAACAAGCCAAAUGGACAGUUUGUUUUGCCAAAUGACCGGAUGGCUGUGAUGACAUUUAUAUCAUCCCUUCCUAUACGAAAGAUUGGAGGCAUUGGUAAAGUCACUGAGCAUAUUUUAAGAGAUGUUUUUGGAAUUAAUACAUGUGAGGAAAUGCUGGGAAAGGGCAGUUUUAUCUGUGUGCUUUUUUCAAAUUCCACGGCAGAUUUUUUUCUCUCUGUGGGACUGGGGCUUGGAGGUACAGCCACCCCUCAAAUCAGGUUCAGAAAAAGUAUCAGUAAUGAGAGAACCUUCUCAGCCACAAAAGACAAGGCAUUUCUAUAUCAGAAAUUGGGUAAGUGACUUAAACAUUCUGUUCUUUCCUAUCAAAAUGAAUAUAUUGUGAGGUAAUGCUUUGUUAUAGAGCCAUUGCUUGCUAUCAUCGGUCCAUUCUUUUGCUGUUCCAUUUCUGAAACUCGAUUCCAGAUAUUUAAGUAACAUGCUAAGGCCUUUCUAAACUGUCGAUAUUUUAUCGGUAUUGACAUUACACCUGA